CAGUCUCUCUGCAGAUCUCAUGAAACCCUGAUUGAUUUAUUUGAUUUUGAUUAUUAGACUCUCCUCGCUCUUUGAUAGAUAUCUGGCUUUGUGGACCUAGUUAGUGGUGCGUGCGUGCGUGAUUUCGUCAAUUCUUAGGGGUUUUUUUUCGGUUUGCUUCUCCGAUUCAGGUCUCUUCUCUUAUGGCCCCUGAAGAUCCCGAGUAUGAGAGUGAUCCCGAGGAAUUGAACCGCUCCUUGGCUACACGUAGGAGAGUAGCUAGCGACGAUGAGGAUGAUGGUGCCCUCAAUCACAACCUGGUCGCUAAUCCUAUUGAUUCCGAUCUUUCCGAUGAUGAAGAUCAACAGAGUGCUUUUCUCGACUCUGAUCAUGACCUCGUCGAUGAUAGUUCUGAGGCUGAUUUUGAAUUCGUUCCCGAUCAUGACAAUGCACUUGCGGCCGCCGAUGGGACCGAGGACUCCGCAGUCUCCGCCACUGAUCUUGUUGAUGAUGGACUGGAACAAAAGAAGAAGGAGCCUUUCGCAGUGCCUACUGCUGGUGCCUUUUAUAUGCAUGAUGACAGAUUUCAGGAAUUUGAUGCCGCCUCUAAUAGGCGAAUGCGUGGUGGCAGGAGGCUCUGGCAAUCUAGAGAUGAAAGUAAGUGGGGACAUGACAAAUACGAGGAACUCAAUACACAGGAAAAGCAAUUUGAUCGGAGGACUUCCAGAGGCCGAGUCAGAGGUCGUGGUCAGGGUAGGGGUCAGGAGCGUGGAUAUUCUCGAGGGACCAAUUCUAAACCAUUUACUGGCACUGGCAAUGGACACCAGAACCAGUUUCCUAAGGCUGUCACUAGGGGGAGAGGGCCCAGAAGAUAUGAGGUUGCAUUGAAAAAUGGCAAUCAAGCACCUUCUGUGCAAACCAAACAGUCCCAAAAUUCUUUUGUGAAAGUUUCACAUGCCAAUUCAGGGCGUCCACCAACAGAAACAGCUAGCUUAGAGACUGAAGCCAUCCAAGCCAAAAAGAAUGUAUUAGCUUCAAGUUUAAAUUCAGAUUCUCCUCCAUUUUAUCCUUCAGGAUCCUCCAAUAACUUGGCACAAAAAGAUUUACAAACUGGCAUUGGUGGACUGCGCAUUAAUCAAAACCCUACUCCAUCUGGAAAGAAGUUUGGGAAUACAAAAUCCAGCUCUUCAUGGGUACGCACUGCUCAACCUUCCCAGACUACAAGUCAUGGUAGAGAUGCACCUCCUCCUGGGCAAAUGCUUUACCAGCAAUCUCCUAAUCAAGGUGACAAAGUUUCUUCGCUGAUGCACUUCCAGGGAAUGCCAAAAGGCACUGACCAAAGCUGUACUCAACCUCCUGGUCAGGCUUUUGAUCAACAUUCUGCUGUUAACAGUUUGCUGCCUUCUUCUCCACCGAAAACCGGCUCAUCAAAAAACCAGUAUAUUUCUGGUGGAAUAGAGUCAGCCGCAGAAACAGGUGCUUUGGUUGCCAAGGGAAAAGGGUCACUCCAGCCUAGUGGAAGAGGAUCUUUUAUGUAUGGUGGGACACAGUUUAUGGGGACUGUCGGUAGCAUGGCAGCUGGUCAUGGCAAUUCAAAUUUUCCUGCAUUUCUGCCUGUUAUGCAAUUUGGUGGUCAGCACGGUGGGGUUCCUACCUUUGGAAUGGCUCUUCCAGGAUAUGUCCAACCAGAACAUGGUACCGGAAAUCCUGAGAUGACAUGGCUGCCAAUUUUGCCUGGCCCCGGAGCACUAGGAGGUUCGUAUUGUCCACCUUAUGCUGCCACUAAUGGUUCUUACCAAGCACACAAACCGAUGAUACCUUCCUCUGCGGGAUCCUCCAGCCAAGAGAACAGUUCUAAUAACCCUAAUGAUGAAGAACCCAUGGAGAGACCUGACAUUUUGACCAAUGGGAAUUCACAACGAUCGAAUGGCAACCCAAACAAGCAGCCUCGUAGAUACUCGGAGAUGAGCUUUAGCAAGUGUGAAGAGUGGAAAGAAAGGUCCUCUUGCUUGAAUAAGUGGAAAAAGGAGGUGAAAGAGAAGCUCCUUUGUUGCAGGCCCCUGGUGCUUCUCCAAGCUGCUUUACGGAGCACUUUGGGCUGCUAUUGUUGCCUUAUUUUAUUUUAUUUUGAAAAUUAGGAGGGUUGUUGUGCAAAUUAUAAAGAGUUUCUGUGAGAGCUUGAGCUGUGGGCUUCUUUCCAUCUGUAAUUUAUUCUUUUUUGUCCUCCGUUGGUUCCUUUUUCUCCUUUUUUCUUAUAAAAGAUAUUUGUAAUGUUGUUGAUAUGUGUUAUGUUUUUUGUUUGGUAUUUUCAACUUUAUCAAGCAAGAAGAUAUGGUGCCCUAUCCCUAUUUUUGAGUUUGGUUGAUGAUGAUAUUUAUA